UAGUGCUCGGACUGACCGUUUCAAAAUCAGUUUCAAGCUGGCAAUCGUACGAGUCACACACCUUGUGUAGAGAGUUUUCAGCUAAUAUCACACGCAGUAACUGAUGCGCUCUCUGUAGCUUAGAAAAAAAAGAAUAAAUACACAUAUAUAGAUAUUACAAAUUAAAGUACAAACUAAACGUUCGAAGAAAAAGUGUCGUCCGAUGAGUUAAUUCGUUUUGGAAAAUCAAGUGCAAAUAAUCGAUAGUAACGCUUAUUGGACAGCGUACGUGACGUGUAAACCGUAACUUGUUUAACAGUUAAACAAAAAACAUUUUAGUAAAAAAUUUUACUAACAAAAAGUGUUGUGUACAACAAAAACAAAAGAAAAUAAUUUUGUGUAAAAAAAAACAAUUUUUUUUUUAAUUUUAACUGCUUUUAUGUUUGCAAAUUAGCAUAAAAGCAAGUGAUUUUUGUUAAAAAUCGACAACAAGCAACAAAUAACAACAAACACAAUAAAAAAAUGACAGUCUCAACAUUGAACAUGACACCAUACUUUGCUGGAUAUCCCUUCCAAGGACAAGGACGCGUCAAUCAACUCGGCGGCGUCUUCAUCAACGGUCGUCCACUACCCAAUCACAUACGCCGUCAAAUUGUCGAAAUGGCCGCUGCCGGCGUACGCCCCUGCGUCAUCUCACGCCAGUUGCGCGUCUCUCAUGGUUGCGUCUCGAAAAUAUUGAAUCGCUAUCAGGAGACCGGCUCCAUACGCCCGGGUGUUAUUGGCGGCAGCAAGCCACGCGUUGCCACACCAGAUAUUGAGUCGAAAAUUGAGGAGAUGAAAAAUGCCAAUCCCGGCAUCUUCAGCUGGGAAAUACGCGCCAAGCUCAUCGAGUCCGGUUUGUGCGACAAGAAUACCGCGCCUUCAGUUAGUUCCAUCAGCCGCUUGUUGCGCGGUGGCGCACACUCUGAUUCCGGCAGUUCGGCGCAUUCCAUUGAUGGCAUACUUGGCGCUGGCGGUUUGUCAAAUGGCUCUGGCGAUGAGAGCGACGAUGAUGCCGAGCCGGGUGUGCAGUUGAAGCGCAAGCAACGCCGCUCGCGCACCACCUUCUCGAAUGAUCAAAUUGAUGCUUUGGAGCGCAUAUUCGCACGCACCCAAUACCCAGAUGUCUAUACACGCGAGGAAUUGGCACAGAGCACCGGUUUGACAGAGGCACGCGUACAGGUGUGGUUCUCGAAUCGGCGCGCACGUUUGCGCAAACAAUUGAAUACCACACAGCAAGUGUCCAGCUUUGCCGCCAGCACCGCGGGUGGACUCAGCUCCGCCGGUUUUGCUAGCGCCGCCGCUGUGGCGUCCCAGUAUCAUCCACACCAUCAUGCGCAUCAUCAUCAUCAUACGAGCGCUGCUGCUGCUGCCGCCGCCGCUGCACACACCAUGUCCGCUUCGGCCGCUGCGUUGUCACACAAUCACACACAUCAAAUGGGUUUAUACAGUCAGGCGUGGAAUACAUUCGGCAGCAGCGCUGCCACACAAGCUGCUGCUGUUGCGGCUGCCUCCAAUGUCUUUGAACCUCAUCAGAAUUUCGCGCACUCAAGCGGUUCGGUGGCGUCUAUGUCGCCAACCAGCAGCGCCGCCAGUUCGGCUUCACUGAGUCCAGCGCAUCAAGCAGGCGCUAUCGUCAGCAACAACAACACCAACGAUAUUGGCAGCAACAAUUACAGCAAUAACACCAGUUAUGGCAUGCCGUCGGCCACCGCAACCAGCUCAGCCACAUCUGCGGCUGUAAAUAGCUCUGCCGCAGCCACCGCCGCUACCAACUCCGCCGCUUAUGCUACAUCCUCCUCGGCUUACGGCUUGGGCGCAAGCAGCAACUUCACCGCUGCCACUUCAGCUGAGCAGCUGCGCUCACAAUUCGCUUCGGCUGCCGCUUCGGGCUCCCAUCAUCCCGCUAUGUCGUCGUGGGACUCAUACAACUUCCCCGGCUCGUUCUUCUCGUCGGGCGCAAAUCAUAUGGGUGGCUAUACGCAAGGCGUCAGCGAGCACAAGUCAGCAGCUAGCGCAGCAGCCUAUCCUUAUUUCGGCUUCUAAAUCGAAAUCUUUUCGCAUAACAAUGUUCUAGCAAUUAUAUUGUAAGACUGUAGCAUUUUGUAAAUCAGUUAUGAAAUUAUUGUAUAAGUUUAGUAUAAGCACUCCGGGACCACUCCUCCAGUUGAAUAGUUAAAUGAUACCUGUGCCUCUUUGCAUUUAAGUGCUCAAUAUUUUUAAUGAAUGUAUUAAUUACGAGUAUUUUGUAGAGCUCAAGACUGCGUACUUUGUAUUUAUUUAACUGAUUGCAUUAUCUUUUGUUGUAUUUUUAUUAUUAUUAUUAUGGUAUAUAUUUAAGAUUUUUUAGCUAUUAAGUAAUAAAUCGUUGUUUAGUUAUGCAAGU